UUGCCAUUUGUUACUGUAUUUGGAACGUAGAAAUUAUUGAGGUUUGUUCUUCUUCCUGUCUUACUUACUUGUAAGUUUGAAGGAGCUAUGUUUUUAACAGAAUCUUGCGUAUGCAGUUUCUUCUUUCUCUCCUCGGAGAGCUGUGUUUGUUUUUUUACAUGCGAGUCUGCGACAGCAAGUGCAGCGGUAACUGCCACCAGGUUUACGGUCAUGGUUUUGGAUUGCCAGUAAAUUGCCCGACGGCAAUGGAAAAUUCCAGUCCUCCAGAAGAUCCUAAUACCCCGUUUAUUUUCGGAGGGAUGCCGAAGAAGCGAAAGUUGCCGUUGAAUAACAAUACCCGACCAAGCAAGAUGCUGAUUACGGAGGUAGCCCAUGGGCUGGAUAAUUUGCAGCUGAUUAAUUCCGGUCCCUUGCAAGCGAAUUCGGAGUGUGUGGCACCGGUGGUUGAUGCGCCAUCAGAUUACCCGGCAUCUAACAAUGCAUCGAUGGACAUGGCUACCGAUUUAAACGAUGCAUUGGCUAAACAUGUGCAAACCUGGGCCGAUUUUCAGGACGAUCCCAUGGAUGUCGAUCAGUCGUAUCCGACGGUGGCAGGAAGACGGCGUUGUCCGCAGUUGGAAAUGACCGAUUCACUGAAAGCAGCCAUUAAACUUGCUGAGCAAACGGAGGAGCCGCCAUUACCUGAAAACAUUCUCGGGACAAUUCUCCGACCGGUCUCCAGCGUGUGCAUGGCGAUUGUUCCUUACACGCCGCCCGUGUCCUGUCUUCCGCUUGAACAAUCUGAUUCCGCGUCCAUUUCAACUGAGGCUGUGGAAACUGUGAGAAACAGCAGUAAUCCAGCCAAGGGUGAAGAAAGAAUGAACAUCGAUGAUGCUCAGUCGGUUCUUCCUGAAAAUGCCAGUAAUGGCGGACUGUUGGCUGGUGGUGCAUUCAUGAGAUAGCUUCCUCUUAAAUACGGGAGGCAUGUUAAAGUGAUUCCUAACAUCCUGAGAUGACCGGGAAAGGGUAGGAUAACAGCUUACGGGUUUGUUCUGAAUACCAAAGAAGUCAGCCUAACAUGUUCCUACGUCGAACGAAAAGUCGUAAUUGACCGGCCUAAAGUAAUCUAGCAAUGCUUCAUGACUCGGCAUCGUUUUAUUACGUAUAAACAUGAGAUCCUGAAUGUUGUCCUGGAUAUCCGAUGUCAUUCUUCUGUGCUACUGAAGUGUUCUGCUGCAAAUUUGUUGUAGUGUUUUGUUGUGGACUGGUGUUGUGCUCCCAGAACAAGAGAAAACGCUGAUAUUACGUACAUAUGAAUGCUCGAUAUGACUAAAGUAAGCU